AUGCUUUCAAGAUGAAACCAUUUCAGAGAGUCUUUGAAGAAAGUUCGCCUAAGCACAAAUUUCAGCCUGAUAAUUAUCAAGCUGAGGGGAGAAUGAUGCUGCCUUUGAAACAGCUAAAACGUUUUACAUGGACUGGCAUGAGACCAAAGCAAACUUUUGGGAGUUUCUACACUGGAAACAGAAGCAAGGGACCUGUCUUUUGGGACACAGCUGAACCAAAUGACUACACUUUAAGUUUUGGUCAUACUAGUGAUAGGAUGCAGCCACUUACUUGUAGCAAAAUAAUGUGGGAAGAGAAACUAGUGCAGAAUCUUUCUCUUUCCAGUCAUAAUUCAAUAGUGCGGCAUUCUACUUGCUGAAGUCAAAAUACCUGACCUUUGAGCUGCAGGUCUCUCUCAUCUCCACUUCAGUGCUGCAAAUAUUAUU